ACACACCUGUAAAUCCUAUUCCUCCCUCUUUAAAACAUUUUUUUUUUCUUUUCCCAAUGGCAGUAUCCUAGAGUUUUUAACAAGUACUGUUUGAGUGGUGCAUAUCAAAGUCUGUUAAAGCCAAAGAAGAGUCUAGCUGUACUGUUUCUUCCUCCCCUGUAUAGUGUGAAUGAGAGUGUUAAACACUUUACACAUAGCUGGCAAAACUCAACUCAACUCAACUCAACUCAACUCAACUCAACAAUGUCUUCCCUUCUCUUCUUCUUCCGCUAGCUUAACCCCAUUAUUUUCCGCCAUUAUUAUUAUCCGCCGUAAUUUAUUUCCUUAAUUAUCUUUCCUUUUCACACUGCUAAAUAUCCGCCGAUUCUAGAGUUUCCAUUUUUGUUCAUCUCAAUUAGGGUUUAACACUCCCCUUUUAUCUCCCUGUCUCUAUUAAAUCCCUCAGAUGAAAGGAAAACCAUGGUGGGUCUGUGUUGUGUUUGGAAGAUUCUGAAGAUACCUGCAUUUUACGCUGUCCUUUUCCCCUAAUUUAAUUAGAGUAUUACCCUUACCACCCAUUUAUUCACUCUCACCAAUCAAAUUCAUUCCAUUUUUCCCCGCCGUUAGAAUUCUGUGUCAAAAAUGGUUCGGCAUUCCGUCUGCUCUUCAAUCUAAGGUGUUUGACAUGGUUGGUGGCUAUCAUUUGCAGAUCUUGAUAAGAAAUCAAUUGAAUUUCUGACAAAUUGUUGUAAGAGAGUCUAAUUGCAUCAAUGGGCCUUCUUUUUCGAAGUCUCGUGGUGCUUGUGAUGUUGUUAUCAUCAUCUUGGCUACCGAUUAUUGUGUCACAAUCGCCUGCGAGCUCGGCUCAUGUGUUGGAUGUUAUUCUUCAGGAUUAUGCUUACAGGGCAUUUGUUCAUCCGAGAACUGGUGUUACAUUUGAUGGGAGAGUGCCUUCAAAUUUGACGGGGAUUAAGGUUGCGGGUAUGAGGCUGAGGAGUGGUAGUUUGAGAAGCAGAGGUGUUCCUGAUUAUAAAGAGUUUAGGAUUCCAGUGGGUGUUGUGGUGCAGCCAUAUGUGGAGAGGCUUGUUCUGGUUUAUCAGAAUUUGGGGAACUGGUCUAAUGUGUACUAUCCAUUGUCUGGGUACACCUAUUUAGCUCCUAUGCUUGGAUUGCUUGCAUAUGAUGCUGUCAACUUAUCAGCUACAAAUUUGCCGGAAUUAGAUAUAAGGGCGUCAAUAAGUCCGAUAAACAUUCACUUUACAAAUGUGAAAUCCGUGCCAGAUGGGUCCGUGGCAAAGUGUCUUUGGUUUGAUCUUCGCGGUAAUGUUAAUUUCAGCAAUGUGGUAUCAAAGAAUACAUGUUCUACUGCUCAACAGGGACAUUUUGCAUUGGUGGUUGAGAAACCUGCGCCUUCCCCUGCACCUGCUCCAUCCGCAGUCUCUCAUAAGAAAAAGAAAAAUAUGAAGAAAGUGUGGAUAAUCGUUGGAUCCGUGUUGGGUGGAAUCAUAUUGUUGACACUGUUGGCAAUGUUGUUGUCAUGGUUUAAGAAAUACCAGCAGAAGAAGAAAAUGCAGCAUAUGGAAAAGGCUUCAGAGGUUGGUGAGGCUCUGAGGAUGACCUCAGUAGGGAGUGGUAAAGCACCGGCAGCAAUGGGGACUCGGACACAACCGACUCUUGAAACAGAAUAUGCGCCCUAAACUCUUCCUUUCCUUGUACACAUCAUUUCUCAUUCAUAUGUUCAAUUCACAUUCUUCUGAUUCCACACCUGUUUUUGGUUGCCUUUGAAAAUCUAUAAUUGCAAUUGUUGGACAGGUCAGUUAUAGAAAUUACUGGUGUAGAUAGUAUUUUGUUUAGAUUGCUAGACUUUCUCACAGUCUCUUGAUUCGUUGUGGUGUGCAUUAUGUGGUGGAUAUCGGUAUUUGACCGUCAAAGGAAUAAGAUUCUUUUGAAUUAGUUUUCUCUCGAA